AUGGUUAGCAGCAAUCGCAGCAACAUAGACUUUAAAGGUGGAGAGAGACAGCCUUUUCUCCAACCCUUGCAGCAAAAAGGAAAGUACGACCCUGAUCAGGCAUAUCCGGGGGUCUUCCUAGAGGAUGAGGGGGAUCUGGUGUCCACCUGCCUACGCCCAGAUACACAUCUGCAGCACCCUCGAACGCUCUACCAGGGGGAUCGCGGUAUACCCCCUAACUGCACCUCCAUCAAGGGUGAUGUGUGUGUGUGUGUGUGUGUGCAGGCAUGUGAGAAGGACUCUCAGUGUGGAGGUGGCAUGUGUUGUGCAGUCAGCCUGUGGAUCCGGAGCCUGCGAAUGUGCAUCCCAAUGGGUCAUGUGGGCGAAGAAUGUCAUCCAAUGAGCCACAAGGUGCCGUUCUUUGGCAAGAGACUUCAUCAUACAUGCCCUUGUCUGCCUAACCUCGCCUGCAUUGCCAUAGCUGAUGCCAAGUCCAAAUGCCUCCCACCAUUUCCAUUCCAGGAUCAGUACCUCUGAUGAAGAUAUUUGCCUGUGUGUACCUUGCAAAAUGUCUGUAUAAAGUGUAUAGAUGUAAAACUGUUUUCUUGACUGUUUUUCAGAUUUAUUUUAUUUAUUUAAUCUCUAUGGAAAAUAUCAAAUAAAUGAUAAGUUAUAUAUG